GGCGAGGCGCUGGCCGCACUUCCCGUCGGGGAGAGAGUGUAAUAUGGCGAAGACCUACGAUUACCUGUUCAAGCUGCUGCUGAUCGGGGACUCGGGGGUGGGGAAGACCUGUGUCCUGUUCCGCUUCUCCGAGGACGCCUUCAACUCCACUUUCAUCUCCACCAUAGGAAUUGACUUUAAAAUUAGGACCAUAGAGCUUGAUGGCAAGAGAAUUAAACUACAGAUAUGGGACACAGCUGGUCAGGAACGGUUUCGGACGAUCACAACGGCCUACUACAGGGGCGCAAUGGGCAUCAUGCUGGUUUACGACAUCACCAACGAGAAGUCCUUUGACAACAUCCGGAACUGGAUUCGAAACAUUGAGGAGCAUGCGUCUGCAGACGUCGAAAAGAUGAUACUUGGGAACAAGUGCGACGUGAAUGACAAGAGACAAGUUUCCAAGGAACGGGGAGAAAAGCUGGCCCUGGACUAUGGAAUCAAGUUCAUGGAGACCAGCGCGAAGGCCAACAUCAACGUGGAGAACGCCUUUUUCACUCUCGCCAGAGACAUCAAAGCAAAAAUGGAUAAAAAAUUGGAAGGCAACAGCCCCCAGGGGAGCAACCAGGGAGUCAAAAUCACACCGGACCAGCAGAAGAGGAGCAGCUUUUUCCGAUGUGUUCUUCUGUGAGGAAUGCCGCCUUACUCUGAGCCUCGCUCAGCUGAGCUGACUGUGCCUGUCCUGAGUGAGCCCCUCACUCAGCCGGGGCCCUCCCACCACCACCAACCCCCCGCCGUGCCGCGGCCACCAGGCCCACGGUCACCGGGCCCACGGCCACCAGAACACAAUCGAGAAAUUGUUUAUUUUAGUAACUGAUCUUUGUCAACUCCGGAGAUGGAGCGAGUUAAGAAUCUGCUAUUUCUCCUGCGAUGUCCACUGAAUGGGUCCACGCAUCGUGUAACUAGAGAGAGAGAUGGAGUUGAGGCGUGGCCACCAGUAGCAGCCAGCUUGGCAGGCCUCUGCCUCUGAGCCUCGACACAGCUAGAGCCCCAGCAGGAAGCCCGUCCAUGUCCUCCGCGGCAGAAGUGAGGCCCCCAAAAGCCAACGACAGCUCCAAGAGCGCCAGGCUCUGCACCCUGAGCGAGGCGACUCACAUCAGGCCCGGGAAGCAUCUGCCCAACAUGUCUGACGCCCACUUUCACCUCUUCUCUCAGUUUUUGGACAAGUGACAGAAACUGUUAUACAUCCCACUGUCCCCCUCCACCCCCAUCUCAUUUUAACUGUCAAACCAAAGGGAAGCACAAAUUAAGGAAAUCCUGAGGAAAGAA